ACUAUAAACUUUACCACUUAAGAUUUGCUAUAAGCUGAACAGUUGGCUACAGCUGGAAUCCUAACAGCACCCACAAAGAGCUCUUUGCCAUGUCAGACUACACUUGGUUUGAAGGAAUUCCUUUCCCUAUUCUAGGGUAUAAAAAAGAAAUACUUACAGAAACUUGUAAUAAGUUUGUGAUCAGAGAUGAAGACACGAUCAUAGUGACUUACCCCAAAUCAGGAACUAACUGGCUGGUUGAGACUGUCUCCUUGAUUCAGAGCAAGGGGAAUCCAGAGUGUGUCCAAUCCAUGCCUGUCUGGGAACGUUCACCCUGGAUAGAAACUGAAAUAGGACAGAAAUAUUUGAUCAGUAAUGAAAGGCCACCUCUGCUCAUCUCUCACCUUCCCUUCCAUCUUUUCCCCAAGUCUUUCUUCCAUUCCAAGGCCAAGGUGAUAUAUGUCAUGAGAAAUCCCAGAGAUGUUCUUGUGUCUGGUUACUUUUUCUGGAGUAAGUCAAACCUUGUCAAGAAUGCAGACUCACUGUCAACUUAUUUUGAAUGGUUCCUCAAAGGAAAUGUGGCAUAUGGGUCAUGGUUUGAGCACAUCCGUGGCUGGCUGUCCAUGAGAGGAAGUGAAAACUUCCUGCUGCUGAGCUAUGAAGACAUGAAAAAGGACACAAGAAAAACAAUAGAGAAGAUCUGUGACUUCCUAGGAAAGAAAUUAGAGUCAGAUGAGCUGGAUAUGGUCCUCAAGAAUAUAUCCUUCAAAGCCAUGAAAGAAAAUAAAAUGUCCAAUUUUAGUCUCAUCACAGACGAUAUGAUUCCUAAUGGUUUAGUCCUCCUGAGAAAAGGCGUAACUGGGGACUGGAAGAAUCACUUUACAGUAGCACAAGCUGAAGCCUUCGAUAAAGUAUUCCAGGAGAAAAUGGCCGGGUUUCCUCCAGAGCUUUUCCCAUGGCAAUAACCACUUAAGACUUCAUGUAUGGACAGCUAGGUGUAAUUUUCUGUAUAUGUGAAUGAUUGCAUGAGGUCAUAGAAUAAAUCCUGUUACUGAAUUGUGUAGUUUUUUUUUUUUUUUUAAGAUUUUAGUAGUAGCAUUAGAAGUAGUGGUAGUAGCACUGGAGUAAUAGUAGAUCUAACAUGUGUGUAUGU